AUGUGGGGCCUAGUGAGGCUCCUGCUGGCCUGGCUGGGUGGCUGGGGCUGCAUGGGGCGCCUGGCAGCCCCAGCCCAGACCUGGGCAGGGUCUCGGAGGGAGCCAGGGCCUGGUCUACUGAGGACUCGCAGGAGCUGGGUCUGGAACCAGUUCUUUGUCAUUGAGGAGUAUGCCGGUCCAGAGCCCGUCCUCAUUGGCAAGCUGCACUCAGAUGUGGACAGGGGUGAGGGCCGCACCAAGUACCUGCUGACUGGGGAGGGGGCAGGCACUGUCUUUGUGAUUGACGAGGCCACGGGAAACAUCCAUGUCACCAAGAGCCUGGACCGGGAGGAAAAGGCACAGUAUGUACUACUGGCCCAGGCUGUGGACCGAGCCUCCAACCGACCCCUGGAGCCCCCAUCAGAGUUCAUCAUUGCCAUCGUCACCUGUGUGGGCACCCUGCUUGCCCUGGUGGUGCUCUUCGUGGCUCUGCGGCGGCAGAAGCAGGAGUCCUUGAUGGUGCUGGAGGAGGAGGACGUCCGCGAGAACAUCAUCACCUAUGACGACGAGGGCGGCGGCGAGGAGGACACGGAGGCCUUCGACAUCACAGCCCUGCAGAACCCCGACGGGGCAGCCCCACCGGCCCCCGGGCCACCCCUUCUGGCGUUGCGACUCCGCGAGGCGGACGAGGACCCCAGCGUGCCCCCGUACGACUCGGUGCAGGUGUAUGGCUACGAGGGCCGCGGCUCCUCCUGCGGCUCCCUCAGCUCCCUGGGCUCCGGCAGCGAGGUCGGCGGCACCUUGGGCCCUGCCGAGCCGCUGGACGACUGGGGGCCGCUCUUCCGCACCCUGGCCGAGCUGUAUGGGGCCAAGGAGCCCCCGGCCCCUUGA